CUUCUCUCCUUACAGUCUUCCGUCUGUGCGAAGAUCGUGCAGCUCCUGGGGCAGAAUGAGGUGGACUAUCGCCAGAAGCAGGUGGUCAUCGUGAGCCAGGAUAGCUUCUACCGUGUCCUCACCUCGGAGCAGAAGGCCAAAGCCCUGAAGGGCCAGUUCAACUUUGAUCACCCGGAUGCCCUUGACAAUGAACUCAUCCUCAAAACACUCAAAGAAAUUACCGAAGGGAAAACAGUCCAGAUCCCUGUGUACGACUUCGUCUCCCAUUCCCGGAAGGAGGAGACGGUCACCGUCUAUCCCGCAGACGUGGUGCUCUUUGAGGGGAUCCUGGCCUUCUACUCCCAGGAGGUACGAGACCUGUUCCAGAUGAAGCUUUUUGUAGAUACGGAUGCAGACACCCGGCUCUCCCGCAGAGUAUUAAGGGACAUCAGCGAGAGAGGGAGGGACCUUGAGCAGAUUCUGUCUCAGUAUAUUACGUUCGUCAAGCCUGCCUUUGAAGAAUUCUGCUUGCCAACAAAGAAAUAUGCCGAUGUGAUCAUCCCUAGAGGUGCAGAUAAUCUAGUGGCCAUCAACCUCAUCGUGCAGCACAUCCAGGACAUCCUGAAUGGAGGGCUCUCCAAACGACAGACCAACGGCUGUCUCAAUGGCUACAACCCUGCACGCAAGAGGCAGGUGUCGGAGUCCAGCAGCCGGCCACAUUGACCCGUCUCCUUCAGACCCUGGCCCCUAGCCAAGAGACAGAGCAGGGGUCAGGAGGUGCUGUCCACCUGUACAUACCGUUUCCUACGGCGUUACUGAAUUUAAGAAAACAUCAUGGAGAUGCAAUGCCUUUCUUUUUUCCUUUUUGUACUUUGGAACGGUGAAGUGAAAUAGAACUUGACCCUGAGCUUAAAUGACAAACUGUGCCAACUACAAUUGGUGAUGCCUAAUUAUGACUCCAAUGUGUAACCACUUAUAAAUACAUAUAUAU